GAAUAGAUUCUAAGCAAAGAAAAGCUAAGAUGGGUCUCAGGACUCUUCCCUUAACACCUUCACAUAAUUUCUAUAUGCCCUCCAAGGAUUUCACUAAUCAUGGGCUUAAGAGGGGUAACCACAAGUUUAGGGUCUUGGCCAUGUCAGAGAAGAAGGAAGAAGAGCCAAAGAAGGAGAAGCAGUCUUUGCUUAGUAGCAUAACAGAAGCUCUUGAUUUCUCCCAAGUUAGGUCUGAAAAGGAUGCUGAGCUUCUUGAGGAGGCCAGAGAGGCCACCAAGACUGGUGAGAGAAUGACCAGGGAACAGUAUGGGGCUCUUAGAAGGAAAAUUGGAGGAACAUACAAGGACUUCUUCAAGUCUUACGUUGAUGUGGACGGAGAAUAUGUGGAAGAAGGGUGGGUUGAUAAAACAUGCAAAGUUUGCAAGAAAGACACAAAGGGUGAGCCAAGGCAAGUCGACAAAUUUGGAAGAUAUAUUCAUGUGGCUUGUUUGGACAAGCCCAAUUCUUCAGGGAAUUUCUUCACUCGAUUUUUCUUUAGAUGAAUGGGGAGGGGUUGUAGAGAUUGAAAUUCCUCUUUUUGACAAACAAUGACAUGAUUUGGUACGAAGAAGAAAGUUCUCUUUUGUAUUCUA